AUGCCCUGUUCUUCCCAAUUAAUUUCUAAUGGCGAUACUUUAAUUACAAAUAAUACUUCUGUUAACAAGAUUAAAGUCCUUUAUCAUUUAGGGAUUACUUCGGAAAAUACUAAUUUUUCUGCAGAAUAUGGCGAUGUUAAGUUUGUCUGUUUGGGAGGAAGUUACACAAGAAUUCGUAAUUAUGCAAAACAGUUCUCACAACUUUAUGGAUAUCAGGCUAGCAAUAAUUUAUGUAAAACAGACAGAUAUGAAAUGUACAAAACUGGACCAGUUCUUUGGGCAAAUCACGGAAUAGGCGGCCCUUCUCUUUCAAUUAUACUUGAUGAAAUACUCCAAAUGCUUUUAUGUACGGGCGCUACAAAUUUUGAAAUGUUUAGACUUGGAACUAGCGGUGGAAUUGGGGUGCAGCCAGGGACUGUUAUUGUAUCAAAUGGAGCAAUUAAUACAGCUUUGGAGCCAUAUAGAUAUCAAUGGAUUGGAGGAGAGUUGGUCAAACGCCCUGCUAUUUUGGAUCAACAAUUAUGCGAUCAACUUUACCUCAUUGCUCAACAACAAAAAGUGCCAGUAGUAAAAGGAGUAACACUUUGUGCUGAUGAUUUUUAUGAAAGCCAAUAUCGAGGAGAGGAUGGAUAUUUUUGUGAUAACAAUAACAACCAAAAAAUGGAUUCCAUGAAUAAACUUAUUGAAAAGGGAGUCAAAAAUAUUGAGAUGGAAAGUGUUUAUUUCGCUGCUAUCACAUAUCGAGCCAAAAUCCCUGGUGCAAUUUGUUGUGUUGCCCUAGUCAACCGAUUUGAAGAAAAUAUUAUAAAAAUGUCAAAAGAAUUUCAUGAGGAAGCAGAAAUGCGCCCAUUCAAAAUUAUUUGUGAAUAUAUUUACAGGAAAUUAAAUUUAAAAAAUGGAAAAGAAGAGGAGGAGAAUAACAUAUCUUUAUAA